CUUGUGUUGCUGUCAUAGACCACCACAUGCUGCACACUGUCAACCUCCACAGCCUCUGGCAGGAGGAAGUUGCCCUCUGAAUCCUGGAAUGAGUCACCCAGAAAGCAGUCAGUCGGUUCAGCAUGUUGAAUUGGCAGCUGAUGGAGAGCUGUCUGACUGGCUGGAGCUCCCUGUCCGAGGACCUAAGGCUCAUAUCAGCAGCAGCUCCUGACCCAGCCCAAGCUCUCUAAGAAGACGAGGAAAAACUCCCCAAAAUCCUGAGGCCAGAAGGAAAAUGGGAAGAAACCUCGGGAAAGGCAAUUCAAAGAAAGAUCCCCUCUCCUCGGAUGGCUGGGGGUACUACAGGAACCGCAGGCCUUUCCUGUGGAGCCACUCUCAGUUAUACUUCAGCAAGUUUAGUCCUACCACUGUCACAAAUCAUGCUGGUUGUCUGGGAGGAAAACAAAGCUUGAGACCCAAGAUGAAGGCAGAGAAGGAGGCUCCUUCAAAAGCCAAAAUAAUUUCCCAGAUUUUAUUGCUCAUGUCUCUUGGUUCCUUCAAUUCAGGUGGGGUACUGGCAGUGAAUAUGACUAUCCCCAACACUCUCAUUAGAGGUACAGUAGGAGGGGAGGCCCUUCUGUCUGUCCGCUACAAUAGUUUCAGCCUCGACCUGCCGGUCAUCAAGUGGCAGCUCAAGAGGGAAAAGUCUGUCACUGUUGUCCAGUCAAUUGGAACUGACAUCAUUGGGACCCUGAGGCCGGAGUAUCGUGACCGCAUUCUGGUAUUUGAGAAUGGGACUCUGCUUCUCCACAACCUCAGGCUCUCUGAUGAUGGAAUUUAUGAUGUGGAGAUCUCCAUCACAGAUGAUACCUUUACAGGAGAGGGCAGCAUCACACUCACUGUGGAUGAGCCUAUAUCCAGGCCCUAUAUCCUCAUGGAGGCUUCAUCAGUACUGGAACUCAGCGAAAACGUCAUCCUCAACUGCUCCCAUAACAAUGGAACCAGGACUACAUACAAGUGGUUCAAAGGUGGAAAGCCCCUGACCAAUGUCACAAGGUUUGUGUUGUCGCCUGACCAGAAGCUCUUGACCAUCACAAGGGUGUUGAUGGCAGAUGAUGACAUCUACAGCUGCGCAGUGGAGAAUCCUGUGGGCAAUAUGACAAGCCUGCCUAUCAGACUGACUGUCUACAAAAGAAGUUCCCUUUAUAUCAUUCUUUCCACUGGAGGCAUCUUCCUCCUCAUCACCUUGGUAACAGUAUGUGCCUGCUGGACACCUUCCAAAAAGCCAAGACAUCCGGCUAGAAAGCCUCUCACCAGGUUUUAUGACCACUCUCAACGCUCACCAAUCAUUCACACAGAUGAUGUGCUUCCAAAAAUGACAGAGCAUAAUGGAGUAAAUGCAGUAACUUCACUUUACAUCCUGCAGCAAAAGGAUCCCUCCAUGGAUGACUCAUCCAGUAACAGCAUUGGAUCUCCUUCUGAACUUGACAACCCACCGUGCUACACCAGUUCUCCCAACUACAGUGGUUCUCUUACCCAGUCUGGGUCACCUGCCCACUCCUCCCACAGGUAUACCUGAAAGCCCAUCAGUUUAAACUCUCCACAUCGCAGCAAGACCGUUCUACUGUAUACUGCUCCUGGCGCUAGAUAGCAACUUGCUGCACGUGUCAAGUCAAUUAUAUUUAUAUAGCCCAAUAUCACAAAUAACAAUUUGCAUUAGGGGCUUUACAAUCUGUUCAGCAUACGACGACACCCUCUGUCCUUAGACCCUUGAUUCAAAUGAGGAAAAACUCCCCGCAAAAAAACUUUGGAAGAAAUUUGUUUGGAUUCGAGUUUGGCAAAGAUCUGAAAAAUAUUUUCUGGGCUUUUACAAUAAUGCCAUUACUGCCUGUUGAUAUGUGUUUAGUAAAAUAAACUGUAAUUUAAAUAUAAGUUGCUAAGUUCUAAGGUUAGAAGUACAGCAUAUGGAGAAAUAUAAAGGUAGUGUGACAUCAGACAAGUUUUUAAACAGCUUUGAAGCCUGAAUCUGGUUUUACCAUUAACCACCAUUGUUGUUGGUUACUGGAACAGCAAAAUCCAAAUUUCCAGAAAUGGCAUGGAGUCUGCAUGAAGCUGAGGUGGGGGUAGUAAGAUGAAAUAGAGAAAGUGUAGUGUGAUACACACACACACACACACACACACUGCUUUUUAUGCUUUAUUGUCAAUUCAAAAUCAUGACCAAACAAGAUGGGGUUUGUUGUUUGUAAAUGUUAAACAAUUAUAAAGUUUGUAAAAAAAAAAAAAUCACCUUCAAAAAUGCUCUGUUACAAUGUUAUGUGUGAUAUUUUCUGUUGUCGUAAAUGGAAUUCAGCAUUUACUUUGUAAUUUUUUUAAAUGUUUGUGAUAUAAUGUAAAUUACUACUUUAGUUCUUCUAGAUGAUUUAAUAGAAUUUUCAGUGAGAAGAUAGACAACGGCAUGUUGGAGGAGAAUUUUAUACAAACUUUAAUAAAUGUGAAAUUCUCAAAACUCAAAA